GUUUGCCCGUGGUUCGUGUCACGACGCAGCCUGUCGCUUUUCUCAUUCCUUGAAGGAAUUGCGCGCUCCACCUGACUUGACGAAGACGGCUAUGUGUCGGGCAUUUGCACGAGGGGAGUGCAACGAUACUGAUUGCAAAUUUGCACAUGGCGAGAGUGAGCUGCGAGUCACCGAGAGUGUGUACAAGACGCAGCUUUGCAACUUCUUCAUGCGAGGCCAUUGCAAAAAGGGCAAUCGGUGCCGGCAUGCCCAUGGCAACAAGGAACUGCGUAGCUUUCGACCUGAGGUGGCCGCGAAGGUUCAGAAGCCGACUGAGCUGAAACCUCUCAGUCCCGGCAGAGUUGACAACUCACAAGGUGGUGAGCGGCGAUACCCCGAAAGGCAACUGUGGGAGCUGCUGUCGGCGGAAAGCUCCCUGCCUUCCUUUCCAACUGUCCAGACACCACCCACCAGUCAGUGGCCGGUGGAUUGCCUUCGCUUCGACGAUGGACUGGAGCGUGAAGCGCAUCUGAGGCCGAGCAGUCCUGUUGGUGUCAAGGAGGUUCCCAUGAAGGUUCCGCUUCCACUGCGCCCACAUGCAGGAAUUGAAGGUUUUGACACCCCAUCGCGAUCCUUGGUACCUACGCCACCGUUGGCGGGAUACUCGCCACUCGCUGCGACGCCGGACUUGCCCUGGAACGACCCCAUGCUGACUCCAAUGGGUCUUGACUACGAUGCAGCAGGUUUGGCCGCUGCCAUGGCUGCUGCAGCCAUGGAGCAUACGGCAGCUGCCAAAUUGGCUUCGGUUCACGCUUGGAACUUUGCCAGUGCUGCCAUGAAG